GAUCAUCAACCUAUCUUACCCAUUGCUCUUCUCUUUCUCUCUCUCUUUCUUUGAAGCGGCCGCCUUGUUUCAACUCUACGGAGUCUUUGAAACAAAUUUUAUUAGAUCCGCUUCUCACUGAACCGUCAAGAUGGUUAAGUUUACAGCUGAUGAGCUCCGUAGGAUUAUGGACUACAAGCACAACAUCAGAAACAUGUCUGUGAUUGCUCACGUCGAUCACGGAAAAUCCACUCUUACUGACUCACUUGUGGCUGCUGCGGGUAUCAUUGCCCAAGAAGUUGCUGGUGAUGUUCGUAUGACUGAUACCCGUGCUGAUGAGGCUGAGCGUGGUAUCACCAUCAAGUCCACUGGUAUUUCUCUCUACUAUGAGAUGGAAGAUGAGGCCCUUAAGAGCUUCAAGGGAGAAAGACACGGAAACGAGUACCUUAUCAAUUUGAUUGAUUCACCUGGGCACGUUGACUUUUCUUCUGAAGUUACUGCUGCUCUUCGUAUCACUGAUGGUGCCCUUGUGGUGGUUGAUUGUGUUGAGGGUGUCUGUGUCCAAACAGAGACUGUCCUCCGACAGGCUUUGGGAGAAAGGAUUCGACCUGUCUUGACUGUCAACAAGAUGGACAGGUGUUUCCUUGAGCUUCAAGUUGAAGGAGAAGAAGCUUACCAGACAUUUUCAAGGGUUAUUGAGAAUGCUAAUGUCAUCAUGGCCACAUAUGAAGACCCAUUGCUCGGUGAUGUUCAGGUUUACCCUGAGAAGGGAACUGUUGCUUUCUCUGCUGGUCUUCACGGUUGGGCUUUUACCCUUACCAACUUCGCUAAGAUGUAUGCUUCCAAAUUCGGUGUUGAUGAGAGCAAGAUGAUGGAGAGACUUUGGGGUGAGAACUUCUUUGACCCAGCAACCAGAAAGUGGACUGGAAAGAACACUGGUACUGCCACCUGCAAACGUGGGUUCGUUCAGUUCUGUUACGAUCCAAUCAAGAUGAUUAUCAACACUUGCAUGAACGACCAGAAAGACAAGCUGUGGCCCAUGUUGCAGAAACUUGGAGUCUCAAUGAAGUCUGACGAAAAGGAUUUGAUGGGAAAGCCUUUGAUGAAGCGUGUUAUGCAGACAUGGCUUCCAGCCAGCACUGCCCUACUUGAGAUGAUGAUAUUCCAUCUCCCAUCCCCCUCAACUGCCCAGAGGUAUCGUGUUGAGAAUCUGUACGAGGGUCCUCUUGACGAUCAAUACGCAACUGCUAUUAGGAACUGUGAUCCUGAAGGUCCUCUCAUGCUUUAUGUAUCUAAGAUGAUUCCAGCUUCCGACAAAGGUCGGUUCUUUGCUUUCGGACGUGUGUUUUCUGGUAAGAUUUCUACCGGAAUGAAGGUCAGAAUCAUGGGUCCUAAUUUCGUUCCUGGUGAGAAGAAGGAUCUUUACACCAAGAGUGUUCAGAGGACUGUCAUCUGGAUGGGAAAGAAGCAAGAAACAGUUGAAGAUGUUCCUUGUGGUAACACUGUUGCUUUGGUCGGUUUGGAUCAAUACAUUACCAAGAAUGCAACUCUAACGAAUGAGAAGGAAGUUGAUGCUCACCCAAUCCGAGCCAUGAAGUUCUCUGUCUCACCCGUUGUCCGUGUUGCUGUUCAGUGCAAGGUCGCCUCUGAUCUUCCAAAGCUUGUGGAAGGUCUAAAACGUUUGGCCAAAUCUGACCCUAUGGUUGUCUGCAGUAUUGAGGAGUCCGGUGAACACAUCAUUGCAGGAGCUGGUGAGUUGCAUUUGGAAAUCUGUUUGAAGGAUCUGCAAGAUGAUUUCAUGGGAGGUGCUGAAAUCAUAAAAUCCGACCCUGUUGUGUCUUUCCGUGAGACUGUUCUUGAGAAAUCUAGCCGUGUUGUGAUGAGCAAAUCGCCAAACAAGCAUAACCGUUUGUACAUGGAGGCUAGACCCAUGGAAGAAGGCUUGGCUGAGGCUAUUGAUGAUGGAAGAAUUGGCCCAAGAGAUGAUCCCAAGAACAGGUCUAAGAUCCUUGCUGAAGAAUUUGGCUGGGAUAAGGAUCUAGCCAAGAAGAUCUGGUGUUUCGGUCCUGAAACCACCGGCCCUAACAUGGUUGUUGAUAUGUGUAAGGGAGUUCAGUAUUUGAACGAAAUCAAGGAUUCAGUUGUUGCUGGUUUCCAGUGGGCUUCUAAGGAAGGUGCCCUAGCUGAGGAGAACAUGAGAGGUAUUUGCUUUGAAGUUUGUGAUGUUGUUCUUCAUUCUGAUGCUAUUCACAGAGGUGGUGGUCAAGUUAUCCCUACUGCAAGGAGAGUUAUUUAUGCUUCUCAGUUGACCGCCAAGCCCAGGCUGUUGGAACCCGUCUAUCUUGUUGAGAUUCAAGCACCCGAAGGAGCUCUUGGUGGUAUUUACAGUGUUCUGAAUCAGAAGCGUGGACACGUUUUCGAAGAGAUGCAGAGGCCAGGUACUCCUUUGUAUAACAUCAAGGCUUAUCUUCCUGUUGUUGAGUCUUUCGGAUUUUCGAGUACUUUGAGGGCUGCAACUUCUGGACAAGCUUUCCCCCAGUGUGUGUUUGAUCAUUGGGAAAUGAUGACUUCUGAUCCACUUGAGACUGGUUCUCAAGCUUCGACUUUGGUUGCUGAUAUCCGUAAGCGUAAGGGUUUGAAGGAGCAGAUGACCCCCUUGUCCGAUUUCGAAGACAAGCUCUAGAUUGUUUUGUUUCUUUUCUGUCCUGGUUAUUAUUGAACUUUCUUCUGGUUUACUUAUGUCAAACUCUUAUGCCUAUUUGGUUUUUCUUUUUUGAGGAUUUUGUUUGAGGUUAUGUUUGGACAAUUUGUUUUGUCAUGUUAUCUUGUUCACUGGUACUCUUUUUUCAAUUUUUCUUAUUAAUGUAUCACAGCUACUUUAAUA